AUGGCCAACAACACUCCCUCAAAAAAUCCACUUGCUCCUGUUACAGCUGCUGUUUCAAAGAUAGCAGCUUCGAAUGUUGUACAAGAAACCCGCAAUUUGUUAUUUCAUCACAUACAUAACACAAAGGAAAGUAAAGAAGUCUUUGCGGAUUUUGUAGCGAUAAUUCGUUCAAAACCAUUCAGCAAAUUAUCUCAGGUAGAGAGGGAAAUACAUAGAAAAAAACUUGAAGAUACGUGUAGAAAACUAUUAACUCGACUAAGUCGUGUUGGCCUAAAGUAUGAGGUUCGACGUGGAUCCGAAGACUUGAUUUUUGUAUUUAUCUUAUGUCCUCUAGAUAGACUUAAGCAGGAAUGUGAAAGGUCAAGAAUCCAUGAUUGGCUCGUAGGUGCUCGUAUUCGCGAUAUUGAUGAGAAUAUAGAUGGGCCUCUUUCAGACGCAGAACGAUUGCGUCUUGUACAUGAUAUAAUUACAAACCCUCUUUCCGAAGGAGGUGCCAAUAUUAAUCCAGGAUUAAGUGAUUUUGAAUUGAUUGAAGGCUUUUUACCUCUUCAAGAUAGAUCCUAUAAUGAGGAUUGGAUGAUAGCCUGGUCAACGAAAUGGAUGAUUGAUAAAGAUGAUUUACUUCGACUAAGAAACCAUUUUGGUGAAAAAAUUGCAUAUUAUUUUGCGUUCCUUCAAUUUUAUUGUAAAUGGCUUGUUAUGCCAGCAAUUGCUGGACUAGUGACAUAUUAUUCUGGUGCACAAUAUUCAAUACCAUUCAGUAUAUUCACUGUUAUUUGGUCAGUUACAUUUGUCGAAUUCUGGCGUCGUAAAGAAUAUGAAUUGGCUGUGUGGUGGGGAGUUCGUCAUUUUUCACGUAUAGAAAGACGCAGAACUGAAUUUAGGGAAGAAUGCUUUAUCAAAAAUCCUGUUACUGGUGAACAAGUCCCAUAUUUUUCUCCGUGGAGAAGAUGGCUAAGGAGGACCCUCGCAGCGCCUGUAAUACUCAUUUUCAGCAUAACUUUAUCAUUAUCUUUACUCUUUUACAUAAUGAUUGAAGUCAUAAUGUCUGAAUAUUACUCAGGACCUUUCAGAGAUCAAUUAAUUUUCCUUCCGACCAUUAUAUAUUGCCUGCUAAUCCCGACUUUGAAUAGUUUUUAUAUCAAUGUCGCAAAACGAUUAAAUGAUUAUGAAAACUAUGAAACAGAGUCAAGCUAUGAAUUCAAUUUAACACAAAAAAUUUGUGUGGCUAAUUUCCUGAUUAGUUAUUUGUCGAUACUCUUUAUAGGAUGGAUUUACGUCCCAUUCAGUACAGAAAUUGGAUAUUUCUUCCAAGAAUUAUUCAAUCGGUUUGGCUUUUCGAUGACCAUUAAGAAAGUCGGACCGGAAAGGCUCGUGACUGAACUAAAAUAUUUUGUCCUGACAGCUCAAGUGUUGAACUUGUUUAUGGAGCUCAUCCUACCAUAUCUGAUUCGAUUUGGAUCAUUUAGUAUGAAAAGGAUUAAAAAUAAUGGUGCUACUAAAGACGGCGGGAGAAACGAAGAUGAAUCAGCAUUCUUAAAGAGAGUUAGGAAAGAAGUGAAAUUGCCAGUUUAUAAAAUUUAUGAAGACUAUGCGGAAAUGGUUACACAGUAUGGUUACGUAUGCUUGUUUUCUACGGUUUGGCCAUUGACGCCAUUAUUCGCGCUCAUAAACAAUUGGAUUGAACUCCGUUCUGAUGCAAUAAAAAUAUGCGAGCAUACAAGGAGACCAAUUCCUAGGAGAGCUGAUAGUAUUGGUCCAUGGCUUGAUAAUUUAGUAAUUCUUACAUGGUUUUCAUCAAUUACAAAUCCAUCUUUUAUCUACAUAUAUCAUCCGGAUAACAAAGUCCUUACAUCUCCUUUAUCAGUGGUGGUGGUCAUCGCUCUUAUUUGGUUUACUGAACAUAUUUUCAACGUAGUUCAUUAUGUUAUAAAACAAAUGUUGGAAGCUUUACCAAGUGCGGCAGAUGAUCUCGUACAAAAAGAGGAGUAUGAGUUGAAAAAACGAUUGCUAGAAAAGGCUGGAAUAUCUUCGGGGUCAUCACAUCAUGAAGACAGUGAUGAUGAAUCAAUUAAGAAAAGGGAAGACAGUGAAUGGUUCUGGCAUUCAGGCCACGCGCCUAAUAUUGAGGAAGCAUUACAAGAAAUAAUGCAAGAUAAGACGGAAUGA